AUUCACAAUUCCUCAUCGCCUCAUUCUUCUCUCUCUCUCUCUCUCUCUCUGCAACUCUGCCUUGGGGUUUAGCCUCCACUGGUGACUCAUCGUUGACCCAAUGGCUCUGGUGCUGCACGCUGCGAGCAACAAUAAGAAUGGCUACAAGGCACUCAUUGCUGCUGAGUACUGCGGUGUCAAGGUUGAGCUUGUGAAGGAUUUCCAGAUGGGUGUGUCGAAUAAGACCCCUGAGUUCCUCAAACUCAACCCCAUUGGGAAGGUUCCUGUGCUGGAGACCCCGGAUGGUCCUGUUUUCGAGAGCAAUGCCAUUGCGCGAUAUGUUGCUCGUUUGAAGGCGGAUACUCCUCUUUUUGGUUCUUCCUUGAUUGAACAUGCCCUUGUGGACCAAUGGAUUGAUUUUGCAACUCUAGAGAUUGAUGCCAAUAUUUUGCGUUGGUUCAUACCGCGUAUCGGUUUUGCAGUCUACCUCCCUCCUGCUGAGGAAGCUGCAAUUUCUUCCUUGAAGAGAGCACUAACUGCUUUGAACACUCAUCUUGCUUCCAACACAUACUUAGUUGGGCACUCUGUGACAUUGGCUGAUAUCAUUAUGAUAUCUAAUUUAACACUGGGAUUUAACCGGUUGUUGACAAAAAGUUUUACCUCUGAAUUUCCUCAUGUGGAGAGAUACUUUUGGACGUUGGUUAAUCAGCCUAAUUUUCACAAGUUACUGGGUGAGGUGAAACAAGCUGAGUCUGUUCCACCUGUUCAGUCUGCAAAGAAGCCUUCACAGCCUAAGGAACCUGCAAAGAAAGAGGCCAAAAAGGAAGUGACGAAAGAAGCACCAAAGCCUAAAGUAGAAGAGGCUGUGGAGGAAGCAGAGGCACCCAAGCCCAAGGCAAAGAAUCCUCUUGAUCUUUUGCCUCCUAGCAAGAUGAUUCUGGAUGAUUGGAAAAGGCUUUAUUCAAACACAAAGACCAACUUCCGUGAGGUUGCUGUCAAAGGCUUCUGGGACAUGUAUGAUCCAGAGGGUUACUCUCUUUGGUUCUGUGAUUACAAAUACAACGAUGAAAAUACAGUUUCAUUCGUGACUUUAAACAAGGUAGGUGGCUUUCUGCAGCGGAUGGAUUUGGCUCGUAAAUAUGCAUUUGGUAAGAUGUUGGUGAUUGGGUCUGAUCCUCCUUUCAAGGUGAAAGGCUUGUGGCUCUUCCGUGGGCAAGAGGUUCCCCAGUUCAUAAUUGAUGAAUGUUAUGACAUGGAACUGUAUGAUUGGUGUAAGGUUGAUAUCACUGAUGAGAAUCAAAAGGAGCGCGUGAAUCAGAUGAUUGAAGAUCACGAGCCUUUUGAGGGGGAAGCUUUGUUGGAUGCCAAAUGCUUCAAGUGAUGAGACAAAGGUGUCCGAAGAGUUGGCUAUAAUGUUUCAGGGGUUGUUUCAAUCUGGUUGUUUCUGUUUCAGACAUUAUUUUGCUUCUCCUAGCACUCUAAUGAAUACUAGUGAUAGGAUCUGAUACAAUGUUGUCCGUUAUAUUAGGAAUAUCAAUUGAACUACAUGGUGAUGGAAUUAAUAUUUAUUUGCAAGUUGUAUAGAUUUCAGACAGUUAUAUUGGUGAAAUUUUGAACAUCACUUCUCAGUUUCUUA